CUGUUAUCUGUAGUUCGCCUUUGUGCUGCUAACACGAGAAUGGAAGUUAUUGCCAUGUAGCAUUGUGCUAGCUAGUGCGUUACGUCUAAACACGCUUUUCCAUCUAGUUUUUCGUUUGUUUGUUUUUUUUUUGCAGUGUAAAGUCUGUUUUUAAAAUGUUGAGUUCUACAUGGAAUUUCAUCAAACGCCAUAGGAGGAAAUUCAUCUUCGCUGGGGUUUUUGUCGGAGGUGUCUAUCUACUUAGUAAGUAUGCGCAAAGAAAAAUUCAGGAGAUGCAGGAGCGAGAGGCAGCCGAAUACAUCGCUCAGGCUCGGAGACAGUUUCAUUUUGAAAGCAACCAGAGGACAUGCAACAUGACAGUGUUAUCAAUGCUCCCCACUCUUCGAGAGGCAAUCAUACAUCACCUGAACUCAGAGAGCCUCACCGCUUUGCUGAAGACUAAGCCAGCUAAUAAACUUGAAAUCUGGGAGGAUCUAAAGAUUAUUAGUUUUACCCGCAGCGUUGUGGCGGUUUACAGCACUUGCAUGCUGGUGGUGCUACUCCGAGUUCAGCUCAACAUAAUUGGUGGCUACUUGUACCUGGACAACUCUGUGACAAAGAAUGGAACGACCCCCUUGGCCCCUCCUGAUGUCCAACAACAAUAUCUGUCAAGUAUCCAACACCUUCUUGGAGUAGGGCUCAUUGAACUGAUAACCGUGGUGAAGAAAGCUGUUCAGGAAGUUCUUGGACCGGUGUCUCUGAAGCAGAGUUUGUCCCUUCAAGAGUUGGAGCAACAGUUAAGUCAGAUCAGACAGUUAGUGGAGGAGGGCUGUGCUUCCUCUAAACACAAAAGUCUUUCUUGGUACAUGAUGCCUGAAGAAGAGAACACACUAGCCUCGCAGGCUUGUGGUCUCACAGAGAAUGAUGUCACAACAAUAAAGCUGCUAAAUGAAACCAGAGAUAUGCUUGAAAGUCCAGACUUCACUACUGUACUCCGUACUUGCUUGAGCCGAGGCUUUAUCCGAUUCCUAGACAACAUGUCAGAGUUUUUCCGACCCCCACAGGAAGACUCCAACACCUCCAGCACACCUGACCGGUUAUCACAUGUAAGCCUCCCACUAGCCAAAAUCAUUCCCAUCAUCAACGGACAGAUACAUUCAAUAUGCAGCGAAAUACCCAGUCACUUUGUCCAGGAUCUCUUAUUGAUAGACCAGGUGAAAGAGUUUGCCGCCAACGUGUACGAAACGUUCAGCACGCCUCAGGAACUUCAGAAGUGAGCACAGGACUGAGAUUCCUUACAAAUCUACUUUAAAGAAACUUUCAUGCUGUACAGCACUGAAAUGUACAGCACCCUAAAAUCGACCCGGGGGAAACUGUUCUGAGAGCCGAGUGUGUAUCGGUGUUCAGGUCCUCUGUUGUUAGCAGGUGUUCAGUAUGGGCUAGCUUCUCAUGACCUGCUAGCUGUCCUUUCUGUAUGUUGUGACCCCCUUACCUUAUUCCCAGCCAGGCAUGCCAAGGUUUUUACAUGCUCUUAUAAACUAGUGCAUCUUAUUUAUUUAUUUUAAUUCCUGUAGCAUAGCAAUCUCCUUAUAUAACUGCCACGACAUGGCUAGCAUAAAAGAUUAUAUAUAUAUGACUUAUUCACAUCUGCAGUAUGGACUUAUAAGGGUGAAUAGCAGAAAGGAUAUCUCUGAAUCUGAUGUUGCAGCUGCUGGACAUUUUCCAGGACCAAAUCACAUUUAUGCUCCCCUCCAGGACAGUAGCAUUGCAUGAUCAUUGCACUGCUACUGUUAUAAAAAAAGAAAAACAUAUUUAGAGGUAUUUUCAUUUAUAUUUACUUGGUUCUACUAAUUAAUGAGAAUAGCUGUAGAACUGUCGUUUUUGUUUUGCAAACUCUACAGGUUGUAGUAUGCCCCUUUUUUGUAAAAUGACCUGUGAAUGUAAAUAAAUGAUGUGAGUAAUAAUGCUAUUAAUUAAAAUGGUGCAUUAUUUAAUUAGGAAACAA